UAUGUAUAUAUGUAUACCUAAGUUACGCCGUUCACUUUUUUUGCUUAUAUACAUUUAUGUUAAUUAUUGUAUACAAAUCACAUGAGAAACACGUAUGCGUUCCAAUGUGUAUCUAAAAUAGAGAUUACACAUAACACAGGGAUUGUAAAUGAGGUGACAUCGCCAUUUAGAUAAGUAGUGCGAAUAAUGAGUUUUCAUACUUGUAGGCUUUAGGUUACGUGGAUAUCAAAAAACUUCACCUCGCUUCGUUACAUGAGAAAUGAGAAACCUACUAUGUGUGGUUCGUAUAAAAUGGAAUGUAAACGUAAAAAGGGAACAAUCCUAAGGCUAAAUCAUGUUUUUUCCUAUUGGAUGGCCACGGGUUCUAAAUACUACAGAACCAGAAAAAAUAACUGCGGUUGUUUGCAAUAGGGAUAAAAUACUUUUUGCUGUCUUAACGACGGAUACUCUUACCAUCUGGUAUUGUAAGCCAUGUGUGCCCAUUGUGUUUAUCAGACGAACUACAGAUUCUUUAAAGAAACACGGUGACAAUAUUUUGGUACAAUGGAGGCCAGACUCCAGUAUGGUGGUUAUUGCGACAUCAGACAGUUAUCUUUUAUUUUAUCGUUUGCAAGAUACCAGUCCAGAGGGAAGGGGUCUCUACGAACAAAGAGACUCUCCAGUUACAAGCUUAAAAAGGGAUAGUGCUGAACUUUUUAUUAAAGAAGUUAUCCCUUCCUUAGUUUUGACAUUUGAAAAAUCAGCUUGGAUUGAUGGUGGAAUCAGUUCUUUAGUUUGCAUACGUGAUGAGCUUAUGGUAGCUACAAAAACAAGUCAUGUAAUACGUCAUAAGUGGGAUGGUACAGUAAAUCGAGAUUAUUCUCUUGACCUAAGAAGAAUACCAUUUAGUGUAGAUCAACAAAUAUCUACUAUAGCUAUACCACUUACUGAGAAGAAUGUGUUUGUCACCGAUAUUGAAUAUUCUCCUUUAGUUGGUGGAUUUGCAAUUGUAUUAAACACUGGCAAAGCAGCAUUUCUCACAGCACAGUCAUUGAAAUUUGAUCCUAAUCAAGUACAAGGAAUUUGGGCUAGGGAUGUUGAUGACGCUACCUGUGCAGCUGUAAAUCAUAAAUAUCGUCUUAUUGCAAUUGGAAGGCAAAAUUCUGAAGGUAUAGUGUACUAUGUUGACGAAACCACAGGAAGUUUAGAAAUGUCACAUACAUUAAGUUUAUCCUCGAAAGAUUAUCCAGGAAGACCAGGCCGUGUAAGAUGUUUAAGGUGGACUCCUGAUAGUUGUGCCAUUGCACUAGCCUGGGAAGGUGGUGGCCUAGCAAUAUGGAGUACAUUUGGAGCUCUGCUACUUUGUAGUUUAAAAUGGGAUUAUGGUUUAAGAGUAGAUUUAACACAUGAUAAUCCUUUACAUAUCCACACAAUGGAAUGGUCUGCCGAAGGCUAUCAGCUUUGGAUGUUAAGAGAGUCUCCAACUCCUUCUUUGAUUGAAGAAAAUGGAAUUGAGGAAGCUAAUUUAAAAUGUUCUUUAAUACAGUUAGAUUUUGUAAAAAGUCCUCUAACUAUUAAUCCUUGUAUGGGUCAUCAUGGACAUUUGUAUUUACAAGGCGAAGAUAGAUUAUAUUUAAAUCUUGGUGGUGGAGUUUCCACAAAUAUUUCAACUUUUCAUAUCGGUAGUGAAAUUCCUAAUGAUUCCAUAACACAGACACUUGCAGGUUGUAAGCAAUGGCUAGUUGUUCCUAUUCCUAUUGCAUACAGUGGUGCCAAUUGGCCAAUAAGGUAUACUGCUAUUGAUAAUGAAGGUAUGAGUAUAGCUGUAGCUGGACGCACAGGGCUAGCUCAUUAUUCUUUACCUUCACGUAAAUGGAAACUUUUUGGUAAUGAAACACAAGAGCGAGAUUUUAUUGUAACCGGAGGGUUAUUAUGGCAUCGAGGUUUCUUGAUAGCCAGUAGUUAUUCAAUAUUAGAUGAUAAAGACGAAGUUAGAAUAUAUCCACGUGAUACACGUUUGGAUAAUAAUUACGUUAGAACUGUUAGAAUGCCAUCACAGGUAUUACUGCUCAAUACAUUAAAAGACAGGCUCUUAACGUUUUGUGCUAAUGCACAAAUUAGCAUUUAUGACAUGGUAAUAGAAAGCAAUAGUGAUGCAGGAAGUAUAGAAUUAACGAGAUUGCAAACUGUAGAUAUCAGUGGACUUUGUGUUCAUCCUGCUUGUGUUGUAAGUGCCACUUUAACUACUAUACGUGCUGAAACUGCUGGGAGUCAUCCACAUCCUGAAAGUCUUCUGUUGAACGUAUCUGGGCGUCUUCUUAUGGUUCAACGGGAACACUGUACUGAUACUCCAGAAGUUCUAUUUACGUGUAGUGCUCCAACAGUAUUAGCUUCUUAUGUAGAAAAUGUUUGGGUACCAUGGAGAUCAAGAAGAGAUAAACCUCAUUUAACAGAAGCUCUAUGGUUAUUUUGCGGUGCUCAUGGCAUGCGUGUUUGGCUUCCAUUAUUCCCAAGAAAUCAUCAAGAAAAAACGCAUACUUUUAUGAGCAAGAGAAUAAUGUUACCUUUCCAUUUACGUAUUUAUCCAUUGGCUAUAUUAUUUGAGGAUGCCAUUUUAUUGGGUGCAGAAAAUGACACAGUACUUUUUACUUCGGAUACUAACUCCCCAUUUUCGUUGCCAUUCAGCCUAUUAGAACUUACAAGUCAAGUCUAUCUCCAUCAAAUAUUGCGACAACUUAUUCAUCGCAAUUUAGGAUAUCAUGCUUGGGAAAUUGCUCGUUCGUGCUCUGGACUGCCAUACUUUCCACAUUCAUUAGAGCUUUUACUUCAUGAGGUACUGGAAGAAGAAGCAACUAGUAAAGAACCAAUCCCAGAUGCUCAACUGCCUUCUGUGGUGGAAUUCAUCCGUGAAUUUCCAGGAGUAUGGGCUAGAGCAGUUGUACAAUGCGCUAGAAAGACUGAAAUAGCACUAUGGCCUUAUUUAUUUUCUGUUGCUGGGCCACCUAAGAAAUUAUUGCAAGAUUGUUUACAACGUCAACAGCUUGAUACUGCUGCUAGUUAUUUAAUAAUUUUACAAAACCUAGAACCUUCAACCGUUAGUCGGCAACAUGCUACCUUAUUAUUGGACGCUGCUCUGGAACAAGGAAGAUGGGAGCUGUCAAAAGAUCUUGUUCGCUUCCUUAGAGCGAUUGAUCCGAACGACGUGGAAUCACCAAGAACAUCUUGGGGCGGAACAUCAAAAUUAGGCGGACCUCCUCAAACUCCGCCACUUUCACCUCAUGAAGAUGACUUAUCUUUAGUAUUAGGAACUAUGCAAGUUUCAAGAAGUCGAAGUUACAGUACUACUGUAACGCCUAAAGUACAAUCUGAUUCAGUAGCCAAAGAUAUAGCUCCUUCUUCAAUGCUUGAAAAGACUAGAAACGUCGUUAUGAGACGCAAAAAGUCUGUACCUACAAGCACUCCUAAAACUGAAAAGGCUGAUAGCAAAGAAGGUUCAGCCGAAGAAUUUUUCAUUGACGUAAUCCUACAACGUCAUGCCCGUCGAUUACUUUCAGCAAAGCGGCUCGCAGAUUUAGGCAGAUUUGCUGCACGAUUAGAUUUUCAUUUAGUUACGUGGUUUGCCAGAGAACGCGAUAGAGCAGCGAAAAUAGAUGAUUACGUUGUAACGUUAAAAGCAGUGCAUGAAGAUUUUUCAUUUGCUUAUCCCGUGCUAUCUCUUCCAACUUUACAAAAGUUUCGAAGAUCUAGCCUUACCUCUCUACGUUCUAUAAGAUCGGUCAGUUUAGAAAGUCCAGAAGAUGAACAACCGUUAAAUUCCAGUUUUGUUGUUGAUUUGCCUGAUAGUGGUUAUACUAGUCUACCAAGUGGAAGACCACCUUACACUACAUUAAUAUCUCCUGUUGCAAGUUUAGAAACACAAUUUCCUGCUACUGAAACUAAGUUAACAGCUAACAUGUUACAUGAUGCUAAUAGCGUUCUUAGUGAUAGCAGUACUAUUUGGAGAGAUGAUACCGAAUCAAUUGUUGGAACUGGAGUGGGAACAGUAUGUUGGGUUUCAGCAGAUCCGGUAGAACACACGGAAGUUCAUAACGCUUCACUUUGUGCACCGAUAAGUCGUGCAGAAGUACAACUUAGAUAUCUUUUACAAUUAUUUUUGGAAGGUGGUUGCCUAGGAUGGGCUGCAGUAUUAGCAACUGUUUUACGUGAUGCACCUGCUAUGGCUAGAACUAUCAGAGCAGCACAUGCUCCUAUGCAAACAUUUGAUUCUGUAAUUAAUUUAAGAGACGGUCUUUUUACAUUAACGAAGUGGUCUCAUUCUGAAUGUUUAGGAUAUAAACCUUUCAUGUCAGGUAUCCAAGGUCAGAUUUCUUUGCUAAACAGACUAAUUGUAACAAAACAACAGCAAGAACAAGAGCAAAUACCAGAGAGUCCUUCUCCUAGUCCAGCUCCCUCAGCAGGUAGUAAUCAACGAGGAACUUUAUCUCGAUCUCGCCAUUCAUCUAUUAGUCAUACUUCAGCAACUGCUCCGUUAGAUGAAGACCGAUCACAUGAAUUAUCGCUAAAAGUGGAAGAUGUAAGUUUUCGAGGUAGUUAUAGUAAUCUCAAUAAUAUGGAAAAUGCUACUUCACAAUCUACAUGUGUGAUCUCCUAAAGUAAAAGGUGUCUUCUUUAAAACUCAAAUGUAUUGUGUUAUACAUAUAUUCUAGCAUUGGUAAGUAGAUACAAAGAUUUUCCAGAAUUUUUCAGCUUUCUAUGGAAUGUGGUUAGAUAUGAUAAGAAUUUGAAGUAAGAAUUUGUCAGAUUACUUUUUUGUACUAAGAUUUUUCUUAAAAUAAUGUACAAUAUAAAUACAAUGAGCAUUAAACCCCAAAAUUUAACCAGUAAAUUAUACGUGCAUUAUACAAAAAAAGGACUUUAACAACUUACGUCGUAAUUAAUUAACUAUUGUAUGAUAAUUAUGUAUACAAUAUCUUCGAAAAUUUUAAUAUGUAAGAAAAGAUAUUACAGAAUUAAUAUUUGUCAUUUUGUAAACAUUUUUAUGUCUGUAAAUAUGUUACUAAUAUCAUAGAAAAAGUAUUGCUGAAAUAUUUUUAGGGCUAUUCUAGUAACAUUUAAUAAGAAACAAUAGAGUUCGGAGAUACAGCAAAAUAUGACUGAUACUAUUUCUUCCUUUCUUCGUAGACAAUAUACAGAAAUAAUAAAUAUUUAUAUGAAUGUAAUUGAUGUUAGUAGAUUGUAGAUUUAGAUAUGAGACAAACGAAAAUAAUGGACUCUAAUAUUUUAUACAUUGGAACAUUACACUGACUGAAUUGUGACUAUAUUGUGAAAAAAUAAUUUGCACUAAUUCAAUCUAUUUCAAUAUAAGUUACCAAUAUAAGUUACAUACUUUAGACAAGUUAUAAAAUCUAAUACUGACAAAAUAUAAUUUUAUUUGAACGAUAGUUGAUAAAAUAACAUGGCCGUCCUAUGAUCUAAAUUUCUUUCAUACAGGUAGAAAAUUGAAUUUUGUGUGAUGAAAUUAACUAUGUAACUAUUUAAAUUUAAUGUCAAUAACUGCAUGAUUGAUAUUGCUACAGACACUGGAUUUUUUAUUAAGAGCUAAUAUGCUGGAUGAUAGAAGAUAAAAUGAUUAUUAUUUAAAGAGUUGUAAUUGUAUAACAUAAACUUUUUAAUUUAUAGUAAUAGUUAAUGAGAAAUAUUUCUGUUUAAAAAAUUAUACGUUAUGUAAUUUUAUUGAUUACUAGUAAUAUGUUAAAAUUAUUUGUAUGCUUAAAGGGAACACUAAUACUCGUAAAAUGGAUUUUAUAAAAAUAAAAUAGACGCAUUUAUGUUGUAUAAACAAUUUUUGAAAUUAUAAUUUGUAAUAUUUUAUUUGGAAAUAGAAGUUUUAAUAGUGUAGAUUAAAACUAUAAAAAUAAUAUCAUUAAAAACUAUAAUUGAAUGUUUUGACUAAAAAGUGAAAGCAAACUAAUAUGCAAGAUUACUUUAUGUUUUACUUAUGAAAAGAAGAGACUCAAUGUUUUAUUUAUAUUACAUAUGGCUAGUAUUUACUAAAAUUAUUAAUUUUUUAAUCUUAUUCAUAUUUGCUAAGUUUUAUUUUUAAUUCUGGAAAAUAUUAAUUUUAUGUAUUAGUUUCGAAAUUCUAAGCAUCGAGGAAAAUAGGUUACUAUACACAGUCAAAAACAAUAAUCAAAAUUAUUUAUAAGUAUUUAUGACAGAAUGUAAAUUUAAUUAAUAUGGGGAAAUGGUCAAUUGAUAAAUAAAACUUAUAUUUAAACUCGAAUACGAUAACUCCAUUGUUUCACAGUUUCUACAUGUAAUGCAAAUAUAUUUAAUACGGUUUUUUUUAUAUACAGAAGCAAAUACUUUUUUAAUUAGACAGCAAUUAGAAGCAAUUCUCUUUUAAUUAGAUACUAGUCACUAUUAAAUCUCAAUUUCUAUGGAUUUAGCAAUGAACAUUCGAUUUUACCUUAUAUUAAAAAAUUAUCUUACAUAAUUUAUAGAAAGAAAAACUGUGAAACAUUAAUACAUAGUAAGUUAUUUAUAUAUAUAUAUAAUAUAUAAAUAAACAAAUAUAUAUAUACAUAUUGUAACAUAGAUAUUCAGAAAUAUAUAUUUUCCCAUAA